GUUGAAGAGAGAAAGAGAGGGACAGAGCCAGAGACUCACACACACACAGAGUGAGAGAGAGAGAAAAAGAACCCCUGUCCCGACACAGAUAGGCAGAAACAGAACAGGGUGAACCCAAAGGAAAGGAGGAGAGAGGUGGGGAAACCGAGCCAGGCAGGAAGGGACAGAAGGGAGAGAAUCAGAGACAGAGAGGGGGAGGCUCAGAAACACAGAAAGACAAGAGGCCGUUGAGGAUAGGGCAUUUAGGAUCAGGGAUUGGUCUGGUUGCCCGGGAAUCGCCCAGAAGAUCCUGGUAUGGAGUGUGGGGAUGCAGAAACCCCCGACAGAGGGGGGCUUGAACCCGAGGAGGACAACGCGGUCAUCUUGGAGCGGCUGAUGGAGCAGACGGCCCGGGAGCUGACCACCGUGCGACUUCGAUCUGCGUACCGCCUGCUCAGGGACCUGGGCAGCGGCUCCUACGGCCGCGUCCUGCUGGUCCGGCCCCGGGCCCAGAGCUCCGCGGGCAGGCCCCUUCCUGCGGCUGUGGCCCUGAAGCUCCUUCCCAAGGCCUCCACGCCCUUCGCCUCCUUCCUGCGUGAAUUCACGGUGGGUCGCUGCGUCUCCUCACACCCAGGGCUGCUGCGGACCCUGCCCCCGCCCUUGGAGACCCCAAAGCUCUACGGCUUCAUGCAGGAGCUGGCGCCCCGCGGGGACCUCAGCUCCCUUCUCGAAGAUGGGAAAGGCCUCCCGGAGCGGCGGCUGAAGCGGGUGGCCGGCCAGCUGGCCGGGGCUCUGGACUUUCUCCACGGCCACGGCUUGGUGCACGGCGACGUCAAGCCCGACAACGUCCUGCUCUUCGACGCCAGCUGCCGAAGGGUCAAGCUGGGCGACUUCGGGCUGAGCCGGCCCGAGGGGGCCCCGGUCGGCGCCCCGGCGGGGCCCCUGCCCUCCGCGCCCCCCGAGCUCUGCCUGGUGCACCCGCCGGACACGCUGGCCCUGGACCCCUCGUUGGACGCCUGGGGCCUGGGCGUCCUGCUCUUCACGGCGGCCACUAGCCAAUUCCCCUGGGAGGUAGCCCUGGCCCCCGACCCAGCGUUUGAGGCCUUUGCCGCCUGGCUGAACGCCUGGCCCCCCCAGGAGCCUCCCCUUCCUUGGAGCGGCUUUAGCUCGGAGGCCCUGACCCUGUUCCGGGGCCUGUUGGCCCUCGACCCCGAGAGACGCCGACCGCCCCUGACCGUGUUAGAAGUCCUGGAGGCCGACUGGGGUGUGGGGCGGGGAGGGGAAAGCGGGGGCGAGGAGGAGGAGGAGAAGAGGAAGGAGGAGGAAGAAGACUUAGGGGAUGGAGAAUCCAGCUUGGAAGAGUGGACCGACGAAGAGGGGACGGGGGAAGGGGACACGACAACAGUUCCCCCUCUCCGCUGAGGGCCGAAUCUGACAGGUGUCCUGAAUGGUAGCCGGCAGGUAACCCCCCGAAUCCCCCUCUCUUUCCCCACAUCCUAUGGGCCAGCUGGGCAGGAGAGAUAGUUGGACCGCCGUGACGGAUUUCACCUGCACCCCAAACCCACUCCUUUGGCAACGUCCUUGAUAAGUCACCUGCCUACCGAGCCGUCUUGUCUCUGAGCCUCAGUCUCCCCAACCUCCCCCCCCACCAACCCUGUAAGAGGAUCAGACUGUCA